CGAGCUCGAGUGACGUUAUAUUAUUAUGCGGGAAUUCCCACGGCCGAUUUCGUAAACAAAAGUCGAAGACAGCUUUUCCAUCUCUUGUUCCAUUUCUUAUCAUAUAUCAAUGCGAAAGAAAUUUACCUGUAUUUUUCUGAUGGACAGGAAAUAGCAUAUGAACAUCAAGAGUUUCCUUACCUAGCCAUGAAGAGCAAUGGCAGAGUUUGGUGAAAGCCCAAGUUGCAGAGACCAAGAACCCACAGAUAUCAUGAAACAGCCUAUCAAGAAGCUUGAACCUGCAAUCAACAGGUUCACCAAGAUCGCAAUACCAGUGGACCUAGAAAGGCUUGCCAAUCAUUGCAGAAACAUUCAGAAGUUUCAGCAACUACAACAAUGGGAUAAACUAAGAGUGGAGCAGAUUAAUGCCAGGAGAACAGUACAACAACUCAAAGCCAAUGUCCGGGAGAUGGAGAAGGUCAGAAUGCAGGUCUGUGAUGACGACCAGAAGACAUUUGAUGACCAGGUCGCACCGGUCAAGGAAGAGGUCAUCCAAGCUGUAGUAAAGGUCAUUGAGCUAUGUGGGGUAGAGAGUUCACCGCUAGACCCACCAAUCAUGACCCAGUCACUCACAGAAUCGCUGCUUGGCACUGACGAGGGUCUGCGAUCUAGAUUUAGACAUACAAACUCACUUGAAGCAAGUAGCCAUAGUUCUUCCAUGGAGUCCUCGGAUGCUAUCCCAGAAGACUUAACACAAGAAGCCAGUGAAGUGCAUCAUCCCCUUCUACACGAUGAGCAACAACAACAGCAGCAACAAACUCAAGAAGCUGCGAUGCCAUCGGAGCAAGUCCAAGAAUCAUGGGACAUGCUGAAAAAUGAGCUGGUUGAAUUAAACAGCCUCACGCAUGAGUUUGCUGCCCAAGUACAGGCACAGCAAGAGCAGGUGGACAGUAUACAGAACAACAUUCAGGUAGCUCAGACAAAUAUCCAAACUGGUGUGAAACAUCUCUUAAAGGCAUCUACGUACAAAGCAGCCAUGCUACCAAUAGGUGGCGCCAUUCUAGGAGGAAUAUGUGGCGGCCCUGUUGGCUUCGUGGCUGGUAUGAAGGUCGGUGCGGCCGCUGCCAUUGGGGGCGGGGCUAUAGGCUUCUUGAGUGGACGCGCCAUCAAGAAACGCCAAGACAAGAAGAUCCAGAUGGAGAUGUCGGUUCUCACUAACGGGACUCUAGAGGGCAGUGUGGCAGAAUCGAGCAAGGACAAGUGAAAGAAACUAGAAGAAUCCUGAUGGAUGAGCGAAAGGAAACCGCACCGUGUUGGUGAAUGGAGCAACCCGAGGCAUCAUCAAGAUGCCAUAUGGAGACAAUACAUGCUCUGUAGUCCAUGGUGCCGAGAUGUGGCUUCCACUUUAGAUGGAAAUUCAAGUGAA